AUGCAUGUGGACACUGUGUUAGUGACGAUCUGUAGCAGUUUCAUCCCGGCUUUUGCGAUUCAAACAAAUCCAGUUUCCAUACCAAAAGGACAGAAGCACGGGAACAUUGUGAUUGCUGCCGUCAUUUCAACGCCUCUUCUGCCCGAUAGCGACAGUUUCGGUGUCUGCGAACUGGAAGGCUUUGAUUUGAAUCCCACUGGACCACUUGUACCGUGCAGUUUUCUUGAUGAAAGGUGGAUUGACUGUGACGCGCCAGUUGAUGCUUCAUCCAUUCCUUCAGCUAAUAAUACGAAGGUAGAUGGCGCAUGCUUCACUUGGGGAGGCACCCGUUAUGAGAAUGUGGAACAUACGAAUGUAACAUGUCGAGUGUUGCCGUGCAUCGAAUGUCGCGGUCCCCGUACUUUCUUAAGGAAAGUUCCUUGCAUUAACCUUGGCUAUUCGGCAAUUGCUGUUGGGAAGCUGAUGACGUUGGGCGGCUUGGGCUUGUGGUGGAUCGUUGACAUCUUCCUUUUGAUCACUGGAAGCCUUACGCCAGCAGACGGCUCCAAUUGGCAGCCUUAUUAUUAG